AUGUGGGUGGUGGUGGAGAUAUUGACGGGAAAUCUCUUCUACAUUCAAUUGGGAAAUGAUGCGACGGUGGCCGAUCUCAGGCGAGAAAUUGGAGCUCAGCGAAACCUUCCUCAUGAUCGUCUCAUUCUGAUUCCAGACAAGAAUCGAUGCCAUUGCGAUUACAUGAUUAGUAGAGAUCAUGAAGAUGGAGCCUCCUUAGUUGAUUGUGGAAUUCAUGAUGGAUCUCAUAUCUAUCUCUUCUUCAAUCCACCUGAUGAUGGAUCCAAUCAUCAGUUUGUGUUCACUUGACCCGAUUCUUUUUGGGUAGCCUGCCUCCCCUGUCUGAAAAGAACAGCCCUUUCGCAUUUGAUGAGAUAUAUGUAAAACAUAACCUAGGAUCAAAUAAUGUCUUGGUAUUUUGUUAUCUUGGUCUGUAAAUGUCAUG